GUGAUGGAACAGUGACUGAUUGAUGAUUGAUUGAACAGUGAUGGAUAAUUGAUGUGUGUGCAGGUGCAGCAUGCGUUAAAGAAGUCUGAUGCGGCUUUAGAGACUCUGAACAGAGCGAUUGGGAUUGACCCCAAAAACCCGCUCUGCAAGUUCCACCGAGCCUCCAUACUGUUCGCCAACGACAAGUACAAGGCAGCUCUUCAGGAGUUGGAGGAGUUGAAACAGAUCGUUCCCAAAGAGUCUCUGGUUUAUUUCCUCAUAGGAAAGUUACCUGUUGACGCUCAAACAGUCAGGCAACGGUUGAUACAUGACAACACCCUCCAUGACAGCUCCAAGCUCAGUCCAGACCAGAUAUGCCAACUACUGGAGCUCUGCCUGAGCACUACCUAUUUCAAAUACAAUGGCAAUUUUUACAGACAGAAACAUGGCUGUGCCACGGGCUCACCAGUAUCUCCCAUUGUGGCUAACCUGUACAUGGAGGAUGUAGAAUACAGAGCAUUAAACUCCUUUGAGGGAACAGCACCGAGCCGAGGUACAAGCUUUCACUGAACACAUCAAUUCAGUGGACAGAAACAUCAAGUUCACAAGAGAAGAUGUUAAGGAGAAUAGUUUGCCCUUCUUGGAUUGUGACAUGCACAUUACAGAGGACAGAGGCCUCCACAAUGGGGUAUACAGGAAACCCACUCACACAGACCAAUACUUACUGUUUGA